AUGUUCCUCCAUGUUGUUGGCCAUAAACAGAGGUUCAGGGUCAUUCACAACACGUUCAGGAGAUCAAUGGAGACCACCUCUAGGUACUUCAAGCAGGUGCUUUAUGCUGUUGGGGAGCUUAGAGGAGAGAUGAUCAGGAGACCAUCUGGCCAGACUCCACCCAAGAUUCGCGGAAGCCCAAGAUGGUAUCCAUACUUCAAGGUCACAGUCAGCAGCAUACAGGGGAGGAAGCACUACACAAGCCAGAAUGUGCUUGCUGCUGUUGACUUUGAUCUAAAGUUCACAUAUGUGCUGGCUGGCUGGGAGGGGUCAGCGCAUGAUGCUAACAUUCUCACUAACAGCAUGAGUCGACCUGAUGGGAUCAACAUCCCCGACGGCAAGUUCUACCUUGGAGAUGCUGGCUAUGCAUGUCGGCCGGGUAUUCUUCCACCCUUCAGAAAAACAAGACACUCCAGCCUUAGAGUAACUGUUGAGAGGGCAUUUGGAGGUCUGAAGAAUAGGUUUAAGAUCCUGGAUCAGAAGCCAUUCCACCCAUACUCCACUCAGGUUAAGCUAGUUCUUGCUUGUUGCAUUCUGCAUAACUGGAUCCUCCAGUGGGGCUUUGAUGAACACGUGCCUGAGGAGGAAGAUGUCGAGCCUGACGAUGUUGUUAGCUUCGGCCAUGGUAUGGAGAUGCCAGUGCAGGAUUUGAAGAAGAUGGAAGAAGAACAAGAAGCAGCAACAGCAGUAGCACAAGCAGCAACUGAAGCAGAAGCAGAAGUAGAAGAAGAGGAGAGGAAGAGGAGGAUCUGGUAG